AUAUUGAUCUUGUAUUUAAUUUCAGCUCAACUCUGCUCUCUGGUGGACGUAUACAGCAGAAGUCCUCACGGUCACUCAUCGGUUUGCGUCAUUUCAGAUCGUUGUUUCGCUACCUGAGGUGUUUCCUUGACAUUUAAGAUUAUUCUCAGACACAUAACAGGAAGUGAAGUGUGUUUAGAACCGAUGUAAAAACUUUGAGAAGACCCGGCGACGAAGUGCGCGUGGUGGAGACGAGUUUACCAAACUACCAACAAACGGAUUUUUGGAUUUGUUUCUCCGCUUUCAAAGUUUACCUGCAGUGGCCAAGUGGUAGGACCUCAUCUAUCAUCUGGGCCGGAUGUGAUGUAUGUGCAGGUCACCCUCACCGCCACUUUGAUCUGGGCUGGGCAGGAGAGGAGCAAGUACCAGCAGGACCCUUCUGUGGCCAAACUGACUGCAGGAUGGGUAGCUUUUCCAGCAAGGACAGCCAUGGAAUCUCCGGGAACCACUUGGAUAGUUUCCACACUCCUCCUGCUUCCCCACAAAGUGACGAACCUGGAUUUGUACCUGGUGCUCCCGAGCUCCUUCCCCCCACAUCACCUAAAUCUCCCUGUACGAUUUUACCUUCACCUCCCGUCUCGGUGCUCGCAUCCUCCGCUGUGAAGAGAUCCCAGCCAAGUUCUGCCAUUCCUUCUCCUGAGUGGAGACCUCCUCCUCCACGGCACAGCUCAAACAGAUCAGCAACUCUCUCAGCAGUCAGUCCGGUCUCCACGAAGCCAGAAAGUACAUCAUCAGCGAAAGGGCACAUUACUUUGGGCAGGAAUGAGGGUCUUUCUACUUCUCCACCUCGGAGUGGGGUUGCACAGGCCAAGUGUGUGCCUGUCAGCCCCACAAAGAUCUCUUCUACGUGUAGCUCCUCACCGGCUGUGUGUAGCUCCUCUGGGCCGAAAUGGAGAGAGAGGGACAACGGUCCAAGUCACUCUUUCUUACCUGAGUCCAGAGAUGUCCAGUCAGAGGAAUUGGCAAGGCUGUUAGACGAGUGGCGGGCAACAUUAGGGACCUCUGAAAGUCAGCAUGGACCCAAAGAUGUCAUAGCAAUGCUGAAACAUCUCCAGGCAGAAGUGAAGAAUUUGAAGAGUGCAAUGCAGAACGAGCGAACGGAAUGGCUGCAGUUUCAGGCCGACCUUCAGGUGGCGGUGUCAGUGGCUGACCGUCUAAGAGCCGAGGCCGAAGAGGAGUUGACUGCCCUCCGGACGGCUAAUAAAGAGGUGGAGAGGGAACUGGCUGCUGCCCUGCACAGACAGAAGGAGACUGACAUGCAACUUGUAACUUUGAGAGGGGAGCUGGAGGAGAGCAGGCAGAGGUUGGCUACUCUGAGUCAGACUCCAGACAAAACUAAUGCCCAAGAAGGAGAGAAGACCGAAGCAUUGAAGAACUCUGACGGCGGCGAGGGGGGUCAGAGGGGCAAGGAGAGCGGUGUGUACCGGCUGGCGGGGUGUCCAAAUGACACCGUGAAAAGUGUUGUCAAAGAGGACUGUGUGGCUGUCACUAAACGAUACCUGAGAAAUGUAACCAAUGAAGGAAGGAGGAGGGAGGAGGUGCGAUUGGAUGAGGCACGAAGGACAGCAACUACUGAGAGGUCAAGAAAUCUGUCCAGAUUACCAGCGUACUCGGAUUCCCUCACAUUACAGAAUGGAACUUCCCUGUCAACCACUUCCACAACAUCUGAAUCAUUAAAUAAGGAUAUGGUACAGUUUAGAGGACGAAGAGGUCUGGACCAACAAGAAAGCCGUUCAAACACGGAUGCAGGGAAACGUGAAGAAACUCUAAAUAAGUAUAACUCAACUCUCUCUGACCUGCCAUCAAACAGGUCCCAGGAUGGUUUCAACAUGCUCCUGCGUCGCCAUGGAGGCUCAAAGAGGAACUCACUAUUACGUUGGUGUCAGAGUCAAACCCAAGGCUACAAAAAUAUUGACAUUACCAAUUUUAGCAGCAGCUGGGUGGAUGGCCUUGCUUUUUGUGCUGUUUACCACACCUACCUCCCCUCACAUAUUCCUUACAGCAGCCUCACUCCAGAUAACAAGAGGGACAAUCUCAGUCUCGCAUUCAAAACAGGGGAGAGUGUUGGGAUCGCCCAAUCUUUGACCGUUGAUGACAUGCUGCAUGCAGGUGGUCCUGACUGGCAAAGGGUCCUAAACUAUGUGGAAAGCAUGUAUCGUCACUUUGAGAUGUGACCGAUGAAGGUACUAAAAGUCAAUGCUAUUGCUUCAGUUGAAAUAUCAGGCCAAACUAAGCAUAACGGUGGUGACUGUUUGGCUUUAUGGGUUUCUUCUUGAUAUUUGGUUCAUUCAGAAAAAAAGUUUACAACCUUUAGCCUUUUUAUCUUGAACUGAAGACAAAAAUAAUCCUGUGUGAAGAAAUGUGACUUUGUAGUGACUGAGUCAUCUAAAAAGCAUUAUGUCUGGUAUAUAUGUGCAGUGUUGUGAUGUACAGUAUAAUGUUUUCCCCGUGUAUACUGAAUGUACAGUAAUUGUUUAUUAAAGUUGUUUCUAACGCUGUAAAUACAAAGCUUUAACAGAAAAAAAAAAGCAAAAAGAAUGUUUAAAACUCAAAACGAUUUUGGUAAUAUCUGUCGAAGAGAAAAAGCAAAAUCAUACUCUGAAGUACUUUUUUUCUUUUUUUUUUUUUUAAUACUGUACUCAAACGGAUAAAUUGUACCAGAGGUUACCAGGAUCAUUUAGAAAGCUGGUACAGAUUGUUUCCUCAAUACUGUAAAAUCAUUUUUAAUAGUUAAAAAAAAAAAAGAAAAAUGAUCUGUGAUUAACCGUUAUGUAGUUAUAAUGCAGUCUAAGAUCAAAUCCUGUCAAUUAUUUUUUAAUUACAUUUCAUUAGCAUGUUUUUAAAUUAUGAUUCAUAUCUCACUCUGAGUAAAAUGUUUGUAUCAUUCAUUCAUAAAAAUUAAUACACUUAUAUUAGGGGCAUGCUGUAGUACUGUGUUCAAAGUGAAAGUUACCUUAUUCUGGUCAGGCCCUAUAAUAAAGUGUAAAGCACAUUUAUGUACUGUAAAUGUCUCCACACUGCUACUAAACUCACACAACGAGUACUGUAUUGAAGCAUGCUUUUGCCCCAAAUCUGCACGCAGAUGUCAUUGUGUACAUACUAUUUUCUGACUUUAUUAUUUAUCAUGUAACAUAUGUAAAGCUUCGCGGAAACCUUUCGCUCUUGCCAACGUGCACUUAAGACAGUACUUUGUUUAUCUGAGAAAUCAAUUGGAAUUACAGACUGUUGUUGUGGUCAUGUAUGGACUUUUUGGUUACAGGAAAAGUGAAUUAUUAAAGGUUGAAGUGUCCAGGUUUGACAGUGGUAAAUGCUCAGGGAUGUGCAUUAAGGGGGGGUCAUAUGCAAGGCAGCGCACGCUUGCGCGCCCAUCACACUAAUACUGACACAGCGAAUGCCUUUUUUACUUGUUGAAAUUGAACUUUGUACUGGUGGUAACAUGUACAUGCCAAAUAUUUGACAAUCCUUCAUUGUAAAAUGUUAAUAAGUAACCAGUGUUAAUACCAAAGAAAUAAA